GUCAAGCAAGCCCUGCCCAAUGGAGCUAUUUUUCUCCCUCACUCCGCCCGUCUCUCCGUUUCAUCCCAAUUUGCAUCCAGCCCUGUCUUCAUGGAAACUCCUCCUGCUGCACCUGAAAGAAGCUCCUACUGACAAACUUGGCUGAAAGGAGGUGAGCGCUAGGCGGGGCUCCUCUUGAAUUGAUCCUCGGCUUAUGAACUGGAAAAGGAGGCGGCGGCGAAGCGGGGCUGGGGGGCCGCGGAGAGAAUGAGCUGCUUCUUCGUUGGCGGCUAAGCAAGCUGGGCGCCGAGACUGACUCCCCCCGCCGCGUCUUUCCCGGAUCCACACCCCCUUGAGCUAUAAGAAGAGAGCUUUGGCUGGCUUGGCUCUGGGCUGCGCUGCAUGACAGCUCCGACCGAGCCCGGAUUCCAGCCUCGCGCGGCGUCGGCAGCUUGGCUUCGGGCUCAGGAUCUGCGGAGGAGGCGGAGGAGGAGGGCUGCCUGCCUGCGCGCCGCUGCGCCCCGGGGAUCGGGGCGGGGGAGACAGAGGGGCGGGGGCGUGCGUGAGGGCACCUUGCCUUGGCUGCUUCCCAGGCCGGUGUUCCCUCUCUCUCUCCUUUUCUAACCCCACCCUUGACCUUAUUAUCUGCCUGCCCAAGAUUAAGCGCCAAGACAGCAGCCCAGAGAGAAAAUAGCAUGGGAUCAAGGAGACACCUGCCGAUGAACUAGACUGGGACCUAACGGGAAGAGCGAUCCCGAGAGAGAGACACGUAUGUUUCUCUAGCAAGCAACCCCCCCCCCCCGGCCACACGCACACCUUUUUUCGAAAGAGCCUCUGCGAAAGGAACGAGGGAGGGAGGGAGGGGGAAGAACGGGAGGCGACAACGGAGAGAAUUGAAAGGAGAGUUCCCCCCUCCCUUUGUUGGAUGAGAAGAUCCACAGAGCCGGAUCAAGAUGAGCAGCACCAGCACAGUUCCUUUUCAACAAAACCCAUACAACUCUGGGGGUCGUCCUACCAUAAUCCAGUGCUAUCGCUGUGGAGACACCUGUAAAGGGGAGGUGGUGCGUGUCCAGAGUAAUCAUUUCCACAUCAGAUGCUUCACCUGCCAAGUGUGUGGCUGUGACCUAGCUCAGUCUGGCUUCUUCUUUAAAAAUGGAGAAUACAUCUGCACCCACGACUACCAGCAGCUCUACGGCACCCGCUGCGAUAGCUGCCAGGACUUUAUCACUGGAGAGGUGAUUUCUGCCUUGGGUCGGACUUACCACCCCAAGUGUUUUGUGUGCAGCAUGUGCAGGAAGCCAUUCCCUAUUGGAGACAAAGUUACAUUCAGUGGCAAGGACUGUGUUUGCCAAACAUGUUCCCAUUCGUUGAUCAGCAACAAACCCAUCAAGAUUCAUGGACCAAGCCACUGUGCGGGUUGCAAGGAGGAGAUCAAGCAAGGCCAGUCCCUCCUGGCCCUAGAGAAACAGUGGCAUGUCAGUUGCUUCAAGUGCCAAACCUGCGGAAUCAUCCUAACUGGAGAAUACAUUAGCAAGGAUGGCAUUCCAUACUGUGAAUCUGACUACCAUGCUCAGUUUGGCAUUAAGUGUGAGACCUGCAGCCGGUACAUCAGUGGCAGGGUCCUGGAGGCAGGAGGAAAACAUUAUCACCCUACUUGUGCCAGAUGUGUCCGUUGCCACCAGAUGUUCACAGAAGGGGAAGAGAUGUACCUCACAGGGUCAGAAGUGUGGCACCCCAUCUGCAAACAAGCAGCAAGGGCAGAGAAAAAGUUAAAGCACAGGAGAACUUCAGAAACAUCCAUCUCCCCACCUGGCUCCAGCAUCGGCUCCCCCAACCGCGUCAUCUGUGCUAAAGUGGAUAAUGAGAUCCUUAAUUACAAAGACCUGGCUGCGCUUCCCAAGAUUAAAGCCAUCUACGAGGUGCAGCGCCCUGACCUCAUUUCCUAUGAGCCCUAUCACAGAUAUACUUCGGACGAGACGCUGGAGAGAUAUAGCUAUGGGGAGUCUCUUGGAACACUGUCUCCAUAUUCUCAGGAUAUUUAUGAAAGCAUGGACAUGAGGCAGAGACGAGCGUCCAGCCCAGGCUACAUUGACUCCCCUACCUAUAGCCGCCAGGGCAUGUCACCCACCAUCCCACGCUCUCCACAUCAUUAUUAUCGCUCAGGAACAGAGAGUGGACGCAGCUCCCCCUACUAUAGCCAGUUAGAUGUGAGGUCUUCUACACCAACCUCAUACCAAGCUCCUAAGCAUUUCCACAUUCCAGCUGCUGCAGAGAGUAACAUCUACCGGAAACCCCCCAUCUAUAAAAGACACGAUACCCAACCUGCAGCUACGAAAAGCAAAACCAGUGAAGAUAUUGCCCAGACCUCCAAGUACAGCCCAGCCUAUUCUCCAGACCCAUAUUACCACUCAGAGACGGAGUACUGGACUUUUCAAGGGUCACCCAAAGCACCACGAGUUCGGAGAUUCUCAUCUGGAGGAGAAGAAGAUGGGUUUGAUCGAGGGAUGCACAAAAUCCAGACUGGUAUUGGCAGGCUGAUACUGAAGGAAGAAAUGAAGGCUCGAUCCCAUUCCUAUGCUGACCCUUGGACGCCGCCCCGCAGCUCAGCAGGAAGUAGAGAAGCUCUUCACACAGCUGGCUAUGAAAGCUCCUUGAAUGGAUCUCCCAGGAUGCAUUACCUGGCUGACAGCGAUCCCCUCAUUUCAAAAUCUGCCUCACUUCCUGCUUACAGAAGGAAUGGGCUGCACAGGCCUCCUAGUGCUGAACUCUUCCACUACGACAGCACGAACGCUGUCAACUGGGGGAUGCGAGAAUACAAGGUAUCACUUUCCCGGGAAUCCUGUAGAGUUCUAGAACCCUGUGUCCAUUCUCUUUGGAAACUCACCUAAGCUGGUCUCAAAUGCUGAACACAGAAGCUGUAUGGACAGCAGGCGAGAAGAAAAUCUUAUCUUCCUCUGUGUGCUUCCAAGGGUGCUCUUUCAUGCACUCCUUUUUGGAUAGAAGCAUUCUCAGGGGUGUAAGGUGGAGUUCUAGGGGAAGUCAGUCGAGUCUGUUUGCAGUGGAGAGGCACUGAAUGCUGUGGCUGUUAUCAACAAUGAAGUGAGAGGCAGGAAAAGAGGAACUAGGGAAGGUGGGGAUUUGAGAACAAACAGUGAGAGGAAAAGAGAGAGGCCUUUUGCUGGAAACUUCUGUGCCACACACCUGGACUUCACAUUCAGUCCCCAGUGGCAACUCAAAAUGAGCAUUCAUGCUCUCCAGUUGUGGAAAUAUUGUCCUGCCUGGUCCGAAGAUCAAAACUCAUUCUCAGAUUCUUGGGUUCCUUCUAUUUCUCUGGUCUCUGUUAUGAGCAGCUUUUACGUCCUUGUGCUUUCAGGCAAUUUUUGACAUAAUUGCUGUAAUCAUAGAACUGGAUAAGCCAAAGGCCUGAUGCUGCUAGGGCAGCAUCAACCUGGAAUGAUAUUAUCUAGCGGUUACCAAGUUUCACUCUGUGUCUGCUCCGAGGAGGUGAUGAUUAUGUAGUUUUUGCAGUUGCCCUCGCAAUUGCACAUUGAUGUACACUGGACAUAGGAGCUCAUGCACUUGAAUUGAAAGAGGCAGCAAGAGAAGCCAAGGAGAUGCAAUAACCGAGAAGGCCCUGUCCCAACUGCAUGACAAUCAACUCUUUCUACAUUUCGAGACAAAGAGCAGAAUUCCCAGUGAUGACCUUGUUUCGUGAGCGAUCAUUUGGGAGCAGGUACUCCCUUCAGGUAUCCAAGACUCAAGCCAUUCAGGUAUCCAAGACACACGGCCAUCACUGCAGCAUUUCUUGUGCUGCUGUGUGUCAGCUUGCACUGCAGUUUUGCCAUGCAAGUAGCAACGGUAACAUCAAGAGAUAGGGCCAUAUAAACAAGCUCAAUGGGUAACCUAUGAUCAAGUGAAGCAUCAAGGCUUAAAUAAAUAUGUGUGUGUGUCUCUGUUACUACUUACACAUCUCCUCAAAGCUUGCUGUCAUUGUCUUACUCUUUUCUUGUUUACGGACCAAAGAACUGUGACCCAGCAAUCUAUUUUUCUAUUGCCCUCUACAGAUAUACCCUUAUGAGCUGCUUCUGGUGACAACAAGGGGGAGAAAUCGCUUGCCCAAAGAUGUGGACAGAACCCGGCUAGAGCGCCACCUGUCACCAGAGGAAUUUUACCAGGUGUUUGGCAUGACCAUUGCUGAGUUUGACCGCCUGGCCUUGUGGAAGAGGAACGAGCUGAAGAAGCAGGCACGGCUAUUUUAGAAGCACUGCAUUAUAAAUAUAUACAUACCUAUAAAUAUAUACAUAUAUAUUAUAAUAUUAUAUAUAUAUAUAUAUAUAUAUAUAUAUAUAUAUAUAUAUAUGAAUGAGAGAAAGAUCUCUAUAUUGAAACUCUGUAUAACUCUUUUUGUUGUACAGUAGGAGCCAUGGCUGCUCUCUUUGGAAGCCUGUAGAGUGAACUUAAGCCUCAAAAAUAUUUUUAUGCUCUUGGUUUCUUUUAUUCCUUUUUAAAAAUGUAACUGUUAUUUGGGAAACAUUUUCAGAGGGGCGGGGAGUGGAAUCCUGUUUUUAUACUGAACUCUCUUUUUCUUAUGUGAAUGUCAGGCAACCUUCCCUUGGGCAUUACAGUAUCUCACCCCUGAGUCUCUGAAACCCAAGUCCAGCCCAUGAAAGACCAGAAGGUGGUGAUCUUGGGGCGCAUGCUUUACAAGCAGCUAACUUCCUUUCCGAUCUCUCGUCCUCUUAUGCCUAAAUGUUUGCUUAAGAACGUCAGAAGAGCCCUGCUGCUGGAUGAAAGGGAGGGUUCAUCUAGUCCAGCUUCUUCUUUCCACCAGUGGCAAGCCAGAUGCCUUAUGUAUCUUUGCUGUUAGAAUUCCCAUUACUCUGCCUUAGCCAUGCCCAGGGCUGUGUGCACACUGUGCUGCUAAAAUCAAUCAAUCAGAAUUCUGCACCAAGAAAAAACUGUAUUCUGUGACCUGAAUGCACUAUGUAAAUUAAACAUAUUUGCAUAUAAGAACAUAGGAAGAGCCCUGCUGGAUCAGACCAAGGUUCAUUUAGUCCGGCAUCCUGUUGUGAGCAGUAGCCCUGGAAGCCAACAAACAGGGCAUGAAGACGAUGGCCAUCCCAAUGGUGUGUCCACAGUGCUGGGUAAUCAGCUCAACUGCCUCUCAACAUGGAGAUUCCUUUUAGCUAGCACUGAGGGUGGCCACUGAUAGAUCCGUCCUCUAUGAACACAGACUUUAUUAGCACAGUGUUCUGCUCCUUGGCCCUCAGAGGCCUUUCCUCUGAUUACUGGAAAAGUUACUGAACCUCACUUUGGCUCUGGAAAUUUUUACCAAGCAUUUUCUUUUAUAAAAUAUAACUACAGAGACUCUUGAUAUCCUGAAUUUAGCACUCGGCACACUUUCUGCAUGGUUUCUGUACUCACAUAAGCUCAUGAAAUAUACACAGCCCUGGCUAUGUCCUAGGACCAUCCAUGAAUGUGCCCAGUUAAAAAUGGGCCUUUUCCCACCAUCACCCGCCCAUCAGCCAAAUAAUGGGAGGUUUAAACAGACAAUUAAGCAAGUAAGUACUCCUAUGGGAGAACUUCAUGUUACAAAUCCAAGGUCAACACUACUUUUUGCCCAGCAACAACACCCCAAGUCCGUUAUCAAGGGAACAGAUAUAGCUGUCCCUUCACUCUGUCUUUUAAUAAAUGCUGGCUCAUUUUUAAAGAAAAGAGAUGAAAUUAUGCCCCAUCAGGUGUGAUUAUGGAGACCUUUUAUCAAAUAUGUCCUAAAGAAGCAGAAGUUCUACUUGAGGAACUAAAAGCUGAGAUUCCAAAUGGACACAGAUAUUGCUUGAUUGUAAAGAAAGGAUUUGAGCUUGGAGAAGCCUUGGUACCCAUGGAAGCAUCACCUUCAUCUUUGCUUGGUAUUUUUGAUGGUCCUGCCUCUCUUGGCUAUUAGCAAUGCCUCUGAUCCCAGAUCAAAUCAGUAUGGUAGCCUUCCGAUUGAAGAAAUGUACAUGGAAUGUCUUUAUCUCUGUGGGAAACUGUAGGCUUGUUCUGCUUUCUUAUUAAAAAAAAAAGAUUUCUUACCUAA